CCUGCAGUCACACUGGGAAACGCAAACAGAAGAGAAGAGGACAGCGCAGAAAUAAAGAGGCUUGUUUUAAAACAUGAAGCAUUUGACGUGGAUCAGCGCUCUGUCAUUUCUGCUUUAUUUCUCCUCAGGAUCUGCAGACUACAGACAAAGGCGUCAGAUCCCAGCGAGGAGUUUGGCAGGUGUUUGCCGUUACGGCAGCAGGCUGGAGUGCUGCUACGGAUGGAAGAAAAACAGCAAAGGACACUGUGAAGCUCAGUGUGACCUGGGAUGCAAACACGGCGAGUGUGUCGGCCCCAACAAAUGCAAGUGCUUCCCUGGAUACACCGGAAAAACAUGUACUCAAGAUCUGAAUGAGUGCGGUCUAAAGCCUCGGCCCUGUGAACAUCGCUGUAUGAACACCUUUGGUAGCUACAUGUGCUACUGCUUAAACGGAUACAUGCUGAUGCCUGAUGGCUCCUGCGCAAACUCGAGGACGUGUUCUCUGGCUCACUGUCAGUACGGCUGUGAGGAGGUGCAGGGCGAGGUCCGCUGUCUCUGUCCGUCUCCUGGCCUGCAGCUGGGAUCUGAUGGGAAGACCUGUGUGGACAUUGAUGAAUGUGCAACUGGGAAAAACCAGUGUCCGUUCAACCGUCAGUGCACCAACACGUUUGGAAGCUACUACUGCAAGUGCCAGAUGGGUUACGAUCUCAAAUACGUCAGUGGAAAAUACGACUGUGUUGAUAUUAAUGAAUGCGUGUCCAAUACACAUAAGUGCAGUCAUCACGCCGAGUGCAUCAACACUCAUGGAUCCUACAAGUGUAAAUGCAAGCAGGGUUUCCGUGGCAGUGGAUUUGAUUGUUCAGUCAAGCCUUUUUAUCACAGAUCCUGGGAAGGUGAGAAAGGAAAUGCAGAUGUGUUUCUCAAUGCUAUUCCUGAUUUCCCCUCCAAAACUCGUAUUCUGGGCGGCAAGUUUGACAACACCAUCCCCGAGCCUGCGGUGACCGGAUCUCCACGACUCCACCCGCAGCCCUUCGACUACGACGGCCCUUCGGAGCAGACGCCCGUGUUUCCAGAGGAGGAGAAGUUUUAUGAUGAAGAAGAUGAGGAGGAGGAGGAAGAGGAAGAUGACACAGGAAACCAGCUGGAGGGCGAGGAGCUGAACCCCAGAGGAGAUGCUUUCUUUCCAGAUGAUUUUGUGCCUGUUUACGGUCCAGAAUCUGAGCCGAAGGAGAUCCAGGCAGCGCCGCUGAAGGAAAGAUUCCUGACAGACUGUGACUUUGAUCGCGGUGCGUGUGAAUGGGUGCAGGAUAAUGAAGACGAUCUGGACUGGACCAUCAAAUAUCAUGAAAACGGUACAGACUCACAUGAGCGUUAA